AUGGCAGGGUCCACUGUCCCCAAGGUGCCCACGCUGUUCCUGGUCCUCCUGCUAUUUCCGGAGCUCCACGCGGCAGGCACCUUUGCAUCUGCAUCCUCGGCCCAGAACCUGCCUGACACCCCUGCCCACCACCCCAGCUCUACACUGUGGAUGCCUCAGGCCAGUCAUCACGGCCGAAGGGGCCCGGGCAAGAAGGACAGGGGGCCAGGCCUGUCCAGCCGGGCCCAGGAGGGGGCUGUGCUCACGGCCCCUGGGCAAGCUUCCCGGAUCACACUGGGACAGCGCCCUGCCGGCCUUCUGCAGGACAAGGAGAUGCUUCUGGGGCAGGCAUUGCCCUCUACCGCGAAGGAGACGCGCUAUUCCGGAUGGGAGAGGAUGAAGAAACGCGGCAGAGAGCACAAGAGGCGCAGGGACCGGCUGCGGCUGCACCGAGGCAGAGCCUCGGUAAGAGCACCAACUGCUCUUGCACAGCCCAGGUCUGAUGGGGACGUGAUGCCCACACUAGACAUGGCCUUAUUUGACUGGACUGACUAUGAAGACUUAAAGCCAGAGGCGUGGCCCUCUGCAAAGAAGAAAGAGAAGCACUGGAGUCACUUCACCAAUGAUGGUAACGAGACAUCGCCAGCUGAGGGGGAACCAUGUGACCAUCACCAGGAUUGCCUGCCAG